GUCCCCAUUUCCCCGUUCCCAGUGCAAACUGGAGCUGGUGGUUGGCUCCCCGGCGUCCUGCAUGGAGCUGGAGCUGUUCGGCGCCGAGGACGAGCCCUUGGGGACGCUGGACUGUGACGAGGCCCUGCUGGGCUCCUACCCCGUCACCGACGGCUGCCGCGUGCACGUGACCGACCGCAGCGGGGCCCGCGCCGGGCAGUUCGAGGACCUGACGCAAGUGGCCAAGUACGAGAUGGCCGAGAGCGACUACGACAAGAGGACAGAGUCGGUGCGCUCCUUCCUGCGGCAGCGCUCGUGGGGCCGCUGGGACCGGGAGCGGGAGCAGGAGCGGGAGCGGGAGCGGGAGCAGCGGCGGGCGCAGGAGGCGGCGGCCGCGGCCGCGCUCCCGCUCGGUGCCCGCUGCGAGGUUCGCGUGCCCGGCCAGCCCUGCCGCAGGGGCACCAUCGCCUUCGUGGGUGAGACGGAUUUCAAGCCGGGAUUUUGGGUGGGGGUGCGCUACGAUGAGCCGCUGGGCAAGCACGAUGGAAGCGUGGGCGGCCGCCGUUACUUCGAGUGUCCCCCCAAGUUCGGCGCCUUCGUGCGGCCGCAGAGCGUCCGCCCCGGCGACUUCCCGGCCGAGAGCGACGGCCUGGACGAGGAGCUGUGAGCGGAAUUCCUGGAAUUCCCAAAAAUUCCCGGAAUUCCCAAAAAUUCCC